UACUAUACUUACUAUCUAGUAAAAUGCCAAGCCUGUUCUCUUAAAAGAAAAAAAAAGUAAUAAUGAUAAUACUGCAGCGUUAUGGCAUUUGCUGUCAAAAGCUGAGUGCUGAAAGGGUUAAACAGCCAGCGGUUAGUAGCGAGAAUCCCUCCCGGUGUCCCGUGGAGGGUAAAAUCCUCCCGACAGACUGGCCCAGGGAAUCCCGGCUCGCGACGCUUCCCUGCCCCCGCGCAAAGUUGUCCAAAGUCGCCUUCCCAAAGGUCCCUUCCCUGGCCGGGGCGCGGGCGCCCCUCCGCGGGCCACACUACCUGUGCGCCCAGAGCGAGCAGGGUCCUGGGCCUCCCACACCGACCUCUGCCCGGAGCCGAAAGUGCUGCCCGGGACGGACGGGAGCAGCAGGAAAGGGCCGGGAGGAGCGAGCGGAAAAGGCUGGAAGGGAUCGAGACGCCAUGGAAACCACUGGAUCCCGUCCAUCUCCAAAACUAAGGGCUUUCCUGCAAACUUCACACUCAGGAAUCCAUGACGUCGCCUCCUCCGCGGCCAGCCAGCUCCGUGGCUCCUUCGGCCGCCAGCACAAGUCCCUGAUUGUUCGCGAGAAAAGUCUGGGAGAGGGAGCGAAGCGGGCGACGGCGAAAAGAAGGGGGUGGGGGCCUGCGAGUGUCCAAGUCGGCCCUGCAGGAGCUCCAGGCGGCUGUUUGCAAGGAGUGCCCCAGCCACCGCCUUCCCUGGCCCGCGGCAGCUUUUCAUAAAUCAUGCCCGAGACUCCCAAGCCCCCCAGUUGCCAAGCGGGCGCCUCUCGGAGAAAGCGGCCCAGGGUUCAAACCAACACCCCAGGUUGUCCAAGCUCCUGGACGUUCGCCCAGGGGGCCCUUCCCAGUCCCUCACUGCUUCUGGCUGCCCAGAUUUUUGUGUGUUCAGGGAUGGUGGGGAGGAGGAAGAGGAGAAGGAGGAGGAAGGAAAAGAAAUAAAUAACGGUGCCUUGUGUCAACUCUCCAACUUUGAGAAUUUUUUUUCAAAGAGUUUAUUUUUAGAUUCAUUUAGAAAAUCCAAGGUUUCCAGUGAUGCUCAGAGGCUCCAGAAAUAAUGAAAUGGCCAAAGAGAGGCUGAAACUAGGCAACCCAUGUGUUUACACAUGCUCUGAAUAAACAGGAAAAUAAAGAGAAGGGAUAUCAUGAACUUUGCACGGUGUCCAGGAGAAAGUCCGUGCAAUGCCACGCAUGGUUCGCAGCAGUAGGCCACGCGACCCCCGGAAGGUCCGUGGGGAAGGGGAGGAGGGGGAGAGGGGGAGGCGCAGCACUCAAGAUGCCUUUUCUGGACUUGAACUAGAUCUGCCUCUUCACCUGCCUGCAGGGUGGGAAAUUCUGAGCCCAAAGAUAAAGCUGGCUUUGAAAAUGGACUUCAGAUACUGUUGUGAGCUCUGAUAAAAUUGUGGGUAGCAACCAAGGCUGGUGAUUCAUCACAUACACC